GUUGUGGGUUGCAGCGCUGUCGCAGUUUGAUUCAGAACAUUUCGUAAGCAGCAGCAGCAUCGCAGAAGAAGGAAGUGCAGCCAUGGCACACGGGCUCAAAGACAGAUUUGAAAAGUUCCUCCAUGAGAAGAAUCUCAUGACAGAUGCUCUGGCGAAAGUCGAGGCAAAAACAGGAGUGAGCAGGACGUACAUCGCUCUCGCUGUCAUCGGGAUCAUCGCAGUUUACUUGGUGGUCGGUUACGGAGCCUCCCUGCUGUGCAACCUCAUCGGCUUUCUUUAUCCAGCAUACAUAUCGAUUAAGGCCAUUGAAAGUGCCACCAAAGACGAUGAUACUAAAUGGCUGACCUACUGGGUGGUGUACGGACUCUUCAGUGUGGCAGAAUUCUUUGCUGAUAUCUUCCUCUCCUGGUUUCCAUUCUACUAUAUCGGAAAGUGUGCCUUCUUGGUGUGGUGCAUGGCUCCAACUCCCUCUAACGGAUCAGUCCAGAUUUACAACCGCAUCAUUCGACCAUUCUUCCUUAAGAACGAAGCCAGGAUUGACGACGCAGUGAAGAAUCUCAAGGACAAGGCGUCAGAGGCCGCUGACAAGUUCAAAGAUGAGGCCAAGAGAGCCACAGCAAACAUCAUGUUCGAGGAGAAGAAGAGCACCUAAGAAGGACACUUCCUGUCCUCAGCGUCUCUCUGGAGCCGCCUCUGUUCCAGGAGAAAUGUUGCCUUGAGAAUGUUUGUUUUUAUCCUGUUCACUCUGUACUCGCACUCUUCAUCCAGCCUGUGUUAGCCGUUACACGUGUCACAUGUUUGAAUAAAGCCAUGUCCAGGUCAGUUCACUUAUUUAACUUUGCCUUGUGGAGGGCUGAGACGACUGUACGCUGUCUUGAUGCGCAUCAUCAACCAAAAUAAAAACAAACUCGCUGA